AUGACGAUCAUCACUGCAUUUGCAGGUGAGCACAGAAAGACACUAAAACCAUGAAUGAUCUUUUGUUUUUGUCUGAGCUUAAGCAACCCCAUGUGUUUUCCCAGGUCAGAGACUGUGCCAAAAGCUUUAGUCACACAUCCCAUUUUUUUGAAAAUGAAAACAGAAAUGCAUGGUAAGACAGGGCAGGGAUAAAUGGUAUAAGACCAUUUUACUGAGUAUUACAUAUCACUUCCCUAUGUUUUAAAGUGCAAAUUAAAUAAACAAAUAAAUAACUAUUGUAGCAGGUUUCACAUUGGCCUACAGUAGCCUGUGAGCAAAUACUGUCUAAAUGGGACAUUUUAAAAUAAAAACAUUCACUCCAUGUGCCAUGCCAAAGACUCUACAGGUAUGGCCACCAUAUAUGCCAGAUACAAGUUUGUGGAAAAGCUCAAUGAGAAGGCAGGUGUGCCCCCAGCACUGAACCAGGCUGCUUUCUGGAUUGGAAUUAUUUCUUGUUUGGGGAUAUGUUUUGUUGCUACUUUCCAGGUAGGUUGUCGCCUCUUUAGUGAGAAGAUGGAGUGGGAUAUUCCAUACAUGAUCUCUCUGGUGUGUUCUUUUUCCCCAGGAGACAACGAUUAUACAAAUGCAUGAUGCAGGUGCAAUACUCUUCUUCGUUUCUGGUGUGCUGUACACCAUCCUCCAGUCCAUCAUAUCCUAUAAGGCCUACCCCUAUGGAUGUUCCUUGGCCUUGUGUCAUACGCGCACCGGAAUGGCAACCAUCGCCUUCCUGGCAGUUUCCCCCAGUAUCCUUGAAAACAAUAGUAACCAAUGGUGUCUAAAUGAUUUGAAUCAUGAAUGACCAUUGUUUUAUCAAAGAAAAGGUCUCCUUAAUUUUCCAUCCAGCUAUUAUCUGUGUCUUACUGCAUAGAACAGAAGACAAGGUACAGUAUGAGCACAUCUUUAUCAAGAACACAACUCACAUAAACAACAAAGAUGGAUGACAUUCUGAAUCCAUAUAGGCUUUAUAGGCUAGAGAAGCUAUACGUGCCAAUAUCAGUCUCUCUCCGACUCUCCGUCAUUACAGGACUAUGUGUUCCAUCUGGUGAGUGCUGUGAGUGAGUGGAUCGUGGCCUUCAGCUUCAUCUUCUUCUUCUUCUUCUUCACCUAUAUCCACGACUUUAAAGUGAGUUUUCAGUCACCGCUCUGUCAUUGUGGUGGGAAUGAUUCUCCUUUUCUUCUCCUUUAAAGUGUUUUUAUUUCUCUUUGUCUUGUUUCUUACAGAGGUUUACUCUGAAGCUGAGAACA